UGGGAGCCAGGGGAACGCCGGCCAUGGCCGCCUGGCGAGCCCUGGGUAGGAGCCGUGUCCUUCCUCUGAGCCGCGCCCUCACCGGCCGCGGCUGUCGGUUCGCCCCCGAGCGUGGCGCCGAGUGCAGGGAUGCAGCGCCCAGUCGGGUCUCAAGGUUCCGCCCUCCAAGGAAGUCUCACCAUGACUGGAUAGGACCCCCAGACAAACAUUCCAACCUUCGGCCCGUCCACUUUUACAUCCCUGAGGACGAGUCGGCGGCAGAACAAAAGCUCAGAGAGUUAAGACAAGAAACCCAAGAGUGGAACCAGCAGUUCUGGGCCAACCAGAAUGUGACCUUCCGCAAGGAAAAAGAAGAGUUUAUUCACUCGAGACUGAAGGCGAAAGGCCUGGGACUGAGAGCUGAAUCAGGUCAAAAAGCGACAUUGAAUGCAGAAGAAAUGGCUGAGUUUUACAAGGAGUUUUUAUGUAAAAAUUUUCAGAAGCACAUGUAUUAUAAUAGGGACUGGUACAGGCGCAAUUUUGCCAUCACCUUCUUCAUGGGCAGAGUGGCGCUGGAGAGGGUUUGGAACAAGCUGGGCCUGAAGCAGAGGACGAGCAGAUAGGAGCCCGCCCCGCGCCCCGGGCUUUCCGAGAGGCGCUGGUUCGGGGCCUGUUGCCGAGGGACCUGAAAGCCCAUGAGUGACGCGAGUCCCACCCCUUCUUCCUGGGGCCCUGGGUUCACGUCGCCACCGGACAGCCUGGGAGGACGCAGGCCUGGUUUGCUGGGGCCAGGGGCUCCGUCCUGCCCAGACUCCGGCUGGCUCUUGGCCACAGAAGUGACGUUCUACCCAUUGGAAAUAGAGGAAUAUGAAAAUAUUAGUAAAACGUCACCUGAAAAGUUGGACUCCUCGGAUGACAGCAACUGGGGAGCUGCUGCAGGGUCACCGGCCACGUAGGUGGCGGGGCCCACG